UUGGCAGCACUGGCCGGCAGGAAAAUGGCGUUGCUGUUCUACGAGCGUACAUUCAGGCGAGGAACGUGCUUCCGCGGCGUCACUGGCGCGUCGCGCCUAACAUGUAAAUAAUACACGCUGAAUCGCGUGCGGUCGUGUUAACGUGAGUUUAGUCGUGAGUUUGCAUUGCCUUCGCUGCGGUGACGCUCUACUUCGAUGAGAUUUCGGUGAUACGUUUCUAGCUGCGUGUCCGCAAUGGCCGACGACUCCGCUCCGCCGCUGCCAAAGAGGCGCCAAUUGCGCGAGCGAACCAGGAAGCUGUACACGGACGACUGGACCAUAGGUGACGAGGAAAUUGAGGGCCGCAGAACAUUUCAGCUCGAGGAGAAGAUCGAAGGCAAGAAGUAUGACCUGAGCGGCCUCUUUCGCGAGAUGACUGGGCCAGAGCUUAAUCUGACGUAUCUGCAAAAGCAUGGUCUGAAAAUACCACUGCUAUUUAAGGACAAAUCUGGUCUAGGCUUGCGAGUUCCCAGCUCCAAUUUCUCCGUCAACGAUGUCAGGACCUGCGUUGGAUCUAAGAGAGUGCUAGAUGUUAUGGACGUUAAUACUCAGAAAAAUGAAGAUAUGACCAUGAAGGAGUGGCAAAAGUAUUACGAGGAUCCCAAUAAGGAACGCUUAUUGAAUGUGAUCUCAUUAGAAUUUAGUCAUACCAAGUUAGAGAAUUAUGUACAGUCACCUGCACUGGUGCGACAGGUUGAUUGGGUGGACGUUGUGUGGCCAAGGCAUCUGAAAGAUUCUCAAGUGGAAUCUACUAAUCUUCUAGAGGACAUGAUGUAUCCAAAAGUACAGAAGUACUGUCUAAUGUCGGUAAAAGGUUGCUAUACUGACUUCCAUGUCGACUUUGGUGGUACAAGUGUGUGGUAUCACAUUCUGCGUGGUGGCAAGAUCUUUUGGCUGAUUCCACCAACUGAAAAAAACUUGAGCCUCUAUCAAGAGUGGGUGUUGAGUGGCAAACAGUCGGAUGUAUUCUUUGGUGAUAUGGUAGACAGAUGCGGCAGGAUAACUCUAACAGCUGGUAUGACUUUGUUUAUACCGACCGGUUGGAUACAUGCGGUAUAUACUCCUCAAGACUCCUUGGUCUUUGGUGGAAAUUUCCUUCAUAGUUUUGGUAUAGAAAAGCAAUUGAAAGUGGCGCAAGUAGAGGAGCAUACAAAAGUACCACAGAAAUUCCGAUAUCCAUUCUUCACAGAAAUGUUGUGGUAUGUCCUCGAAAGAUAUGUGCACGUGCUUUUGGGUAGAAGUCACUUAGAUAUAUCCGAAUCGCAGCGGCAACACUUAGUCCCGCAGCAUCCUCAGCACGUACAUAUCACACAGUUCGAGUUACAUGGUUUGAAAGCUAUAGUGAUGUAUCUACAUUCAUUGCCGUCAACAAAGAAGAAUGUCCCAGAUUUGAUACGCGAUCCGAUCGCUCUUAUUCAUGACGUUCGAUGUUUGGUAGAGCAGCAUAGACACGAUAAUCCAGAAUCGGCUGUGACGGGCAAUCCUGUGUUACCACCACCACCACCUUUGAGCAUCGCCGACAGGGAGCGAAUGAGAGCAACAAGAAAAGGUUUUGUAAAAAUGAGACAUUUCUCGGAUAAAUCUGAAAGAGCAUUUCCACGCAGAAGACGCACUAGGUGUAAGAAAUGUGAAGCUUGUACUAGACAGGACUGUCGAGAAUGCGUAUUUUGCCAAGAUAUGGUCAAAUUCGGAGGUAGUGGUCGUGCUAAGCAAACGUGUCUUAUGCGACAAUGUCUUAGACCUAUGCUUCCUGUCACAUCAGCUUGUAAAGUCUGUCAUUUAGAUGGCUGGAAACAACCUCCUGCGCCAUUGACGGGUAAAUCCUUCCCUUCAACACCAUCUACUUUGAUGGAAUGUUCAAUCUGUUUCGACAUCGUACAUCCAGAAUGUAUAGGUUUGAACCUCAAAGAGAUAAAUGUGAAUGAUGAUUUACCAAAUAGUUGGGAGUGCCCACAAUGUUGCGAGCGAGGUAGAAAUUUGGAUUAUCGGCCACGUCAACAGAGAGGGCGCACACGAAAAUUAUCUGUGUCUAGCGCAGCUUCUUCAGCACCGACCACGGAUUCCGAGCGGGCUAUGACACCAAGUAAACAAUCGAGACUCGAUCCCAACGAGGCGUGGAACGAUUCACCCGGAGAGCCAGCCGAAGGUGAACAGAGAAUGACUCAGCAGCGCACCCAGUUAGCUAUGCAGUUGAUUGCCUCAAGCAGUAGGUCUUUGGUGAGACCGCACGUAGUAGUUAGGCCGGUGCCGCCGCUGCCCAUUCAAGAAACGGAUGGCGAACCAGACGAACGUGUAAAUUUGGCGUACAACCAAACAGCAAUACUUGCAGUAUUUCGAUUCCUCAGCAUAAAGGAUUUGCUUAAUUGUGCCUUGGUUUGCCGUACCUGGGCGAGAUACAGUAUAGAUCCCAGUCUGUGGAAGAAACUUGACAUGUCGCACUAUAAUCUUCGUUCCUUACAUUUGACGGCUAUUGUUCGACGUCAACCCGAAUAUCUUUCACUGGACUGGACCAACAUCAAUAAGAUGCAAUUAGCUUGGCUGCUCAGUAGACUACCGCAAUUACGAACAUUGUUCCUUCAGGGUUGUAAUUGGGCCAGUGUUCGUGCCUUGAAGAGUUGCAGCUGUCCACCUCUAGAAAAACUAAAUCUAAGUUAUGUUACCUCUUUGACUGACGCUGUUUUACAAGAAAUCUUGGACUCGCCAACGGAUUCGAGGCCCGGUCUUAUUGACAAGACAUCGCGAUUGAAACAUCUCAAAAAUUUGUCUUUAGCCGGAUGUGAUCUCACGGAUCGAGGAGUGAGAUACAUAGUCCAGAAUCUGUCAGAUCUUGAAACCUUAGACCUCUCUUCGAUUGGCAGACUUACUGAUUCUGGAGUAGCACACCUCAUAUUGUUAUCAAACCUGACAUCAUUGAACUUAGCCAACUGUAAGUUGCUCACCGAAACGUCUCUCGAUCAUCUGACAAAAUGUAAGACGUUAAAACGCCUGGAUCUACGACACACGACCCAAGUAUCAACGCAAGCUAUUAUUAAGUUUGCUGCUAAGAGUGAACAUAAUUUACAUGUGACGGACGUUAAGUUGGUGGAGGAGAAGAAGAAAGUUAAAACCGAAUUCAUGGACACGUGAAAGAGUGGCGUGACGCUCAUACGCGAACUAUUGUUCAGUGCAAUCCGAUUAUCGUUGCGUAAGAACACCGUUUGCAAAGAAUUAGAGCUAUAAUACAUCAUGCUACAAUCAGCGAUUAUUUAUUUUACAUGAGAAAAUCUGAAGGCAUCAUCUUUGUAAUGCGACAGAAAGGACCUGACUAGCAUAGAAUUUCUAAUCGGGAUAAUACUCAUUUUUAUCGACAGAAAUCCAAACAUAAUUAUAACAGAAUUGAUUCCUUCGCAACUUGAAUUUCUUAUUCUUUUCAUUUUUCUUAUUGCAAAUACUUAUAUCUUUUGAUCAUGUGAUUUACAUUGACAUGCUCUAAAUAUUUUUUAUUUUUCAAAAUCGCUGAAUGUCCCUAAAACUUACACGUUUAUUUGGAUAUCGAGUCUCUGUAAAUAUCAAGAAGUGUUAUUAUU